AUGGAAGCAAACCUCACAUACUAUGACCUCCUCCUUCUCGGGGGUGUCCGGAUGAUGAGACGCUCAAUCUCCUGGAGACUAGACCUGUGGGGCUUUUGUCCCGCAUGUCGGGAACUUGCUGGUGUGGCUGUCGUCCUGAGUCCAGGGGGAACAAUCAGGUGCGCGCAGCGGUCGCGCCUGUGUGGGCCACAGCUGGACGCGAUGGCAGGAGACCAAACAGCGAGAAUGGGGAGGCAGGGAGGAGGGGCAGGGCUGGGAGAAUACGAUGCAACGCAGCAACAAGACUCGGAAGCAGAGUGUGCACCUCUGACGUUGAUAUCUGCUGAGAAUAACCUCAGGGAGCACAAGAGGAAGUAA